AUGGCCUACAAUCCCUACGGAGCUCCGCCGUACGGAGCGCCUCCGGCUUUUAACUCUUUUCCAGGCGCCAAUGCAGCUCCGGGAAUGGCACCGCCCCCGGGUUUAGGCCCGCCCCCAGGCAUGUCUUCCGCCCCGGGAAUGGCACCACCUCCUGGUGUCCAGCAGUCCAAUAGUGCGACGCAAGCUAAUCGACCAAGCGGCCUACCUUCCUUCCAACCGCCUCCGAACCUGCCCAACAUCAACUUCAACGCCCCCGUGAUCCGCCUCGGCGCGACGUCCCUUCCCGCAAAGCCUAGCGGUUCUCCCGCCCCAGGCCAGAAGGAGUCAGGCUACGGUCCGUCGGGUGGUUCUCAUCGCCCCGGCCUCGGCUCAGAACGAGGCGGGAUCGAGCAGGCUCGCCAGAACCUCCGCGAGAGCAUGCAAUCGGCAGCGCCGCCUUCGAACGAAGAGAAGCUCAGGACCAUCUUCCUUCACAAGAUCCCCGAGAGCAUCAGCAGCGAUGCCAGCGUCGAGAAGCUGCUCGCGACUGUAGGCAAGGUGCGACGGUGGGAGUCGUCCAAGUCGCAACUUUCAGACCACAAGGGUGAGCUCUUUGGCUUCGCACAAUUUGAGGACCCAGACUCUCUGGCUGUCGCUGUUGAACUGCUCAAGGAUGUCAGCGUGCCUCUGAAGAAGCAGGAGCCCAGCGAGGACGAGUCGAAGAACGGCAGCGAAGACUUCGAGGGCAUCGACAAGGUGCAGCUUCAGGUCUCCGUUGACCCUAACACUCUGAAGUUCCUCGAGGCUUACAAGGAGGGCAGAGGCGACGAGGCGGAAUCCGAAUUCAAUGCGCGAGUAGAAUCGGCGAGGUCGACGCUGGGGCAGUUCAUCCGCGAUUUGUUCUAUCCUCCGGUGCACAAGGCGCGGGACGGCGAUGGCGACGUGGCCAUGGGCGAGUCGGGGCAGAACGGAGAGAAUGUCGAGGUCAUCAACAUCCCGCUCGCUCAGGAAGACGAGCUGGCAGAUAUCCCGGCAGAGAUGCGAGAGGUCGUCGCUCAAGAGAUUGCAGCCUUCCGCGAGCGAAGCAACCGUCGGGACAUGGAGCGUCUCAAACGCGAGGAGGAGAUGGAGGAGCGAGAGCGGCAACGAAAUAGUAGCUCUCGACCUUCACGUCUCGAUUCACCUCCUGCGGGUAGCAAUAACAUCCCGCUCGGCCCUCGCGGUGUUCCCAAUGCGCCGUCAGGUCCCAGGGGCAUGAACUUUGUCAACGGGGGGAUAUCAAACGGCGACAACUGGAACCGAGAUGACGAGGACACGGACACCAGCGACGAGGAGCUGAACAGGCGUGAACUUGCUCGUCAGAAGGCUGAGGACGAUAAGUUGUACCUUGAGGCCGAGCGGAAAUGGGUUAACCGGGAGCGCCAGCGGGCCGCUGCCCUGGAGCGCGAACAGGAUCGCGACAAGGCAGAGCUGGAUAAUGCGGAGAGGAGACGAGAGGAGCAUCUGGAGCGCGAAAAGAACUGGGACGACGAGCGCGAGGCCAGUCGCAAGUCACAUCCCUACUACCGCGAUCACGCAGGCUGGGUCCGGAAACGGGUGCAAGAGAGAAAUGCCGAAGCCGCAAGAGACGAAGGCGACCGCCGUGCAGAGGCCGACGAGCGGCGGAGGCAGGAGGCAGAGAUGGAGGCGGCUAGAGGCAUGGCCGACUCGUUCCUGGAGAAGCAGGCGAAAGAAAUGGAGCAGCAACAAGCAGCGGCGGAGGCAGCUCCCCAGCGAUUUACAAUUUCAUUUGGUGCCGCCGCUCAGAAGGCACAGGCCCGGACAGCCGGGAACAGGAGAACAGUUGCCGAAGUGGAGGGCCUGCUGGACGACGAGGAACAGGACUCGACGGUCAAGCGGCAGCUCGUCCCGAUCAAGUUCGAGCCGACGUCGAGCAGCGGCAUGUCGGAGGAGGAAGUAUCCAAGGCCGUACGGGCUCUCGCGCAGGAGAUCCCGACGAAUCAGGAGGGUCUUUGGGCGUGGGAUGUCAAGUGGGACUACCUGGACGACUCCAUCAUCGGCGACAAGCUGCGGCCGUUUGUUGAGAAGAAGGUCAUGGAGUACCUCGGUGUGCAGGAAGAGUUCCUCGUGGAUGUGGUCGAGGAGCACCUGCGCAAACACGGCAAGCCGAAGGACCUCGUGGAGGAGCUGGGCGAGGCCCUGGACGAGGCGGCAGAGGACUUGGUCAAGAAGCUUUGGCGCAUGGUUAUCUUCUUUACCGAGUGCGAGCAGCGUGGCUUGCCUGCCUAA